AUGGCCAAAAAUUCGGUAUUGUUGCCUGAUGAAUCGCACUGUAGGUCGGAUAUUGGUGCUAUUUUGUAUCGUGACAGGAAGAUUUACGCAUUUUCGGCCGAGAUAAACGAAGUUUCUGAACCAAGUUCGAUCUUUGGCUAUGUGGAGUACAAAAUUGGAAUUUCGGUAAGUUUUUAGUUAAAUUUUGACUAGAAAUAUAGUUCAAUAUAAUUAUUAGGAUCUAAUUUGUGUGUUUUUAAAGCUUUUUUCAUUUACUGUGUAAAACAGUGUUUUUGAUGAUAUUGUUUUAGAUGGACCCAACAGAUGUUUGCAAUUAUGAUAGACGUUUGUUUGAGUUAACUACUCGAUUUCGUGAUCUCAACAAAUUGUAUCAACAACUGUCUACAAUCCACAAACAAGUAAGUCGUAUCUCUUGUGUAUUUUACAGUUUAGUUGUACUUAAAAGAUGUUUUCCCUCAAUUUGCACCAACAAAGCUAAUGGGAUCGAAUACUUCUGAAACGAUCGAAGAAAGGAAGACGGCUAUAGUCAAUUUCUUGAAUUUUGUGCUUCGAUCAACUGUUCUAUGCAAAGCGAGAGUGUUCCAAGCUUUUAUCGAUGUAUGUUCUUAUUCUUUAUUUUAUACGUUAACUAACGUAUUUUACGAAGCAUUUCUACUAUAAUACCAUUUUAGAGUGCAAAGGAAUGUACCGAAGCUUCUUUAAACGAAAAACCAAGCGAAGAUGAAGCGCCAACGGAACACAGCAUUGAACUGGAUUAA